AUGGGAGAAAAUCCCAUCAAUCAGUUAACUUUUUUCAUUACCAAUGAAAAUCUUAAAGGAAAGAAAACACCAAAAAAGUAUGAGCAAGUGAAUUUGCAUAAUGCGUGCAAAUGCAUGAUCUGUAAAUACCAUGGGAAAAUCAAAGAAGUUAAAAAGAGCUAUGAUUUUAGAAUAAGAGAUAUUGAUAAUGCAAUUCCAAAAGGCUUUACGUGGCUAAUUGAAAGAAUAGGAGAGGUUUCAAUUGAAAACUCUAUUAGGAUGAAUUUAGCAGAUACGGUAGUUUUCAAAAACUCCAAGCCAAAAUUUUUGAUAUCGCAGUAUGAGAAUGGAAAUAUAAGAUAUGUCAACCAAGAAGAAAAAUUGAAUUUGCAAGACAUCACCAAGAAUUUUAUACAAAUAGCAAGGAGCAGAAAAAGCGAUGGAAAUAAAAGCAGUAUAAAGGAUAAAAUUGCUUCUCCAAAUAGCAAUCAGUUUGAGAAAGAUAUUGUGAUGAUAAGAUAUAUGAAAAAUAGAGACAAUAAUUAUCAGAAGCUUAAGCCUGAAGAUGAAGCUGGGGCUGUCAGGAUUUUUUCAGAAAAUCAAUUUUUAGAGCUUAUUUGAGGGAUAACUGGAGGCGAGUACUGGAAGCAUGUCUCAUAUAUCCAAACGCUACUAAAAUGCAACCAUGGGAUUGGAGAAUCUGUUUGAUAUAAUUACACAAAAACUGAGAAUACUGAUCCAUCGAAGCUGCUGUUUGAAGAGGAAAAAGAUAACCAAAUUUUGCUGGAAAAUAAAUCCGCUUAUUAUGAUUUAAUCUGCAAGAGAAUCUCUUACUAUGUAUCACUCAGCGGUUUUGAUGUGCUUAAUAUGAGAUGUGAAUUUGUUUCAGAUAACUAUCAAAAAGCCUGGCUCGUUUAUGCUGAUGAUAUUUUUAUCAAAAAAAUAGAGUCUGGAAAAGGUUCUGUGCAGAACGAAAUUAUGACUCAGAAGCAGCGCACAAAGAUGAUAAACCAAUAUAAAGUGAAAAUGCAGAAGCCACAAAGCAUUGCUGGUGAGAGGAUGUCUGGAUUUAUGCAGAAUUAUUACCAAAAACUCAAAACGAGAAAUGGAUUCAAUACAUUACUGGAGCCAACAGUUACAGAAAAUCAAUCAAAAAUAGCUUACUCAAAACUAAGGCCUUUAUCUCCAUUUUCACUUGAAGACACAUUAUCUUCCAAGAAAGAAAAGCUACUUACACAGCGCAGCAAAUCAGUCAGCAAAAUCAGAGAAAGAAACCAAACGCCAACUCCUCUCAUAAAGCAACGAAGAUCGUUGAACUGCGUUUCUUUGAUUACACAAAGGGCCCCAAGCUGGGUUUAUAACCCAAAACUGCGGAAGAGUCCAACCAAGUCGUCAAGAUCCUUGAUUACUGCUAGCAGCCAAAGCAGAAUAAUUACAUCAGUAUCUUAUAGAAGUUUGAAAACAUAA